UUUUUAUCAUGGCGGCAGAAGGCUCGGAUUCAGAAGACCUGAACACCAACGGGCUACUGGAGGCUCCUUCAGCUCCGGAAGCCAUGGAGGCUGUCCAACUUCCAACAGGGAAGGAAGAGGCAUCAGAGGAGAAUGGUGGUGGAGGAGGAGCCUCUGAGGCUCCAGAAGCAGCAGCUGCGACAGCAUACAACAUGCCUCUGGCAGAGAAUGAGGAGGAAGAAGACGGAGAGUUUCCGGCGGACUUUGACCGACUCUGGAAGCUGGCCCAUGACAAUCCACAGGACUUCUCUAGCUGGACUGACCUACUGCAGUACUGUGAGCAAGAGAGUCACAUGACAGCGUCACGUCGGGCGCUGGUAGCCUUUCUGGCACGGUACCCACUGUGCUACGGAUACUGGAAGAAGUUUGCUGAUCUGGAGCGACGUGCUGGCUACACCAACAAAGCUCAGGAGGUGUGUGUUCAGGGUCUGAAGGCCAUCCCCCUGAGUGUAGAUCUGUGGAUCCACUACAUUAACCUGCUACUGGGCACGCUCAACAUGAACCUGCCAGAGUCCUCUCAGCGCAUUCGCAGUGCAUUUGAGGAGGCGGUGGCAGCAGCAGGACUGGACUUCCACUCUGACCGUCUGUGGGAGCUGUUCAUCGAGUGGGAGAAGGAGCAGGGAGACAUGAAGGCUGCCACUGGGGUCUACGACAGAGUCCUCAGAGUCCCCACUCAGCUGUACAGCAGCCACUAUGAGAAAUUCAAGACUCAUCUUAAUGCCCAUGCGCCCAAGGAUGUCCUCUCAGCAGUGGAGUAUGAGGGGUUGCUUGAGGAAUCUAAACAGAGCCACAAGACUGAGAAGUCUGAGUUGGCUGAGGGGGAAGAGGAGUUACCACCUGGGGAAGAGAAGGAACCUACAGAGGAAGAGCUGAUUCCGAAAAUGCGAGAGCUCCUAUUGGCUCGCAGAGAGAAGGUGUACCAAGACCUGGAGGGAGAGGUCAGGAAGAGGUGGAACUUUGAGGAAGCUAUCAAGCGUCCAUAUUUCCACGUGAAGCCUCUGGACCGGACCCAGCUGAGGGCCUGGCACUCCUACCUGGACUGGGAGCUCACCGAGCUGGGGGGGGGUGGUGAAAAUGAGGUGAAGACCGAGACAGAACCAGAGGCCAUGGAGGGCCAGGAAGAGGAGGAAAGGGAGUCAAAGGAGGGGUCAAAGAGCAGUGGGAUCGUUGCCGGGGGAGACCGGAGAGUACGGAUCCUGUUUGAGCGCUGUCUGAUUGCCUGCGCUCUCUACGAGGAGUUCUGGACCAAGUAUGUCCAGUACCUGGAACCUCAGAGUCUGGACGAGGCGCGGGGAGUGUUUCGGCGAGCCUGUGAGAUCCACCUGGCCCACAAACACACCAUGCACCUGCAGUGGGCCACCUUCGAGGAGAGGCAUGGUGACCUAACAGAGGCACGGCGUGUUUUGGAGGCUCUGGAAACCUCAGUGCCGGGAUUGGCCAUGGUCCGGCUGCGCAGGGCGGGGCUAGAGAGACGGGCGGGCCGGCUAGAUGAAUCAGAAGCUCUGCUCAGGGACGCGGUGGUCCAGGCCAAAGAGACACCUCACCUCCAUGCGUUCUACUCCAUCAAACUGGCCCGGCUGCUGCUGAAGCUCUGCAAGAACCCCAGCAAGGCCCGGGGAGUCCUGCAGGAGGCGCUGGAGAUUAGCCCGGAUGAUGGUAAGCUGCACCUGAACCUGCUGGAGCUGGAGGUGGCCGGUGACCCCAGAGGGUCGGCCGAGGGGGUGCAGCAGUGUGUGACGCGGGCGCUGGCCGCACCUCUCUCCCCACAGACCAAGAUCCUCUUCUCCCAAAGGGGCCUGCAGUACGCUGAGGACUAUGGGACCUCUGUGCAAAGUGUGCUAACAGUCUAUGAGGAGCAUCAGAAGCUACUGAAAGAGCUCGGCAACAAGAAGAGAGUGGCUGAGAACGGAGACAGUGAGGACCCAGAGAAGAUGAGUAAAGGAGAAGAUGGCUCUGCUGUGCCCGCUCCACCACAAGCCCCUCCCACAAUGCCCCAUGUCCCCAUGACGACACCACCUCCACCCAUGAUGGGUGGGGACAUGAGUGCGGUUCAUGCAGGCUACGGAGGAUAUGGAAGCUGGCAUCAGCAACCACAGUAUGGGGGAUAUGGAGGCUACCAGCAAGCCUGGAACUACAAUCAGGGUUACUACCCUCCCAGCUAAGGGGGAAGAGAAAUCCUGUGACACACCAACUGACAGCAGGGGUUACCAGAGAUGAUUCAGCAUUGACGACCCAGUGUUCACCUGUUUAAACUCCAUGGAUGCACCCCAAAUGGCACAUUAUGCCCUAUAUAGUGCACUAUCUUUGACAAGGGCCCAUAGAGCUCUGGUCAAAAGUAGUGAACUUUGUUAGGGAAUAGGGUGCAAACUCAUAUCUUUUAUCAGGAACAGGGGUGUGACCUGUGACGUCUACUACUCGUUUGGUCUUUGAAAAUGUGCUCUUGUACAUUGUUUUAAUGAUAAACUAUUUUUGUAUUCUCUUCUACAUGCAGCCCCUUUCAUUUUAAGCAAAACCGUCUCUCUCCAUACCUCCUGUAUUAUUGUCAUUCCAGAAAUAUAGGCUAGUAAUUUUUGAUAAUGUACAUAAAGGUGUUUUAUAGUUGUGAUGUCAAAGCUCUUUUCAUUAAUGAGCAGGUUAAGAUCAAUCUAUUGUGUCCCUCAUUCAAGUUUCUGCCCAUUCGAGUCCUCCAGUGUAGUCCUACUCCUCCAGACAGAAGAUAGGGAAGCCAUGUUGUUGUAUGCAGGUGUACCAGUGCCUCUGGACUCAGAUGUUAAGUAAAGAAUAAUAACUGAAUGUACGCUGUGCUGUACCUAGUGGACAUGUCUAAAACCAACACCAUCAGUCAUGUUUGGUCAAACUUUAGAGUAGAAAACUGUUAAGUGUUUGGCAAAAUCCACCACACAACUUUAGCCUUUUUUAUCACUCAGUUUUUUAAAUACCAUUCCAUUUCUGUUGUGUUUUAGAGUGCAUCCAAUCCAUUGUACUCAAAAAAGGCAUGCACAAAUACACUGCAAAUGUAUGACAAUGUAACUUUUUAAUCUUCACUUUUACAUUGUUCAAUAAAACAUUUGAGUGAA